AUGGCAUUAUUGGAAGGGAAAAGUCCAGGGCCCGGGAAAAAUUCACGAGAUUCCAAUAAUGAGAAACCUGUCCCAUUUAUCAAGGAAUUAAGGUCUACUCCGGAAUGGACGAACCAAUUUCUUUGCAAAAGUAGAAAUAGUGGGAAGUCAUUUAAUGAAGCCGAUAUCAAUGUCAACGGCCAAAUUUCAUCUCAACAAGGAUACCGACCACGAUUUAAUAUUAUCAAAUCUCAGGUUACCAUUCCCAUAAACAACCUGGCAAAUAAGCCUGGACAAUGA